AUGACAGCAGGAGAUGCCGGCAGUGGCGCUGCGGCUCCGGUGGGGGCGCUGGCCCGGGCUGAGGAGCUGAGGGCAGCGCCAGGCCUGGAGCGCAGGCCCACGGGAGCGCAGCCCCACGGGAGCGCAGCCCACGGGAGCGCAGCCCCACGGGAGUGCAGCCCCACGGGAGUGCAGGCCCACGGGAGCACAGGCUCACGGGAGCGCAGCCCCACAGGAGUGCAGCCCCACAGGAGUGCAGCCCCACAGGAGUGCAGCCCCACGGGAGUGCAGGCCCACGGGAGCGCAGCCCAGGCCCCACAGGAGCGCGGCCCACGGGAGCGCAGGCCCACAGGAGUGCAGCCCCACGGGAGUGCAGGCCCACGGGAGCGCAGCCCAGGCCCCACGGGAGCGCAGGCCACGGGAGCGCAGGCCCACGGGAGCGCAGCCCACGGGAGCGCAGCCCACGGGAGCGCAGGCCCAUGGGAGUGCAGCCCCACGGGAGCGCAGCCCACGGGAGCACAGGCCCACAGGAGUGCAGCCCCACGGGAGCGCAGCCCACGGGAGCACAGGCCCACAGGAGUGCAGCCCCACGGGAGCGCAGCCCACGGGAGUGCAGCCCACGGGAGCGCAGCCCACGGGAGUGCAGCCCACGGGAGUGCAGCCCACGGGAGCGCAGCCCACGGGAGCGCAGCCCACGGGAGCACAGGCCCACAGGAGCGCAGCCCCACGGGAGCGCAGCCCCACGGGAGCGCAGGCCCACGGGAGCGCAGGCCCACGGGAGCGCAGCCCACGGGAGCGCAGGCCCACGGGAGCCCACGGGAGCGCAGCCCACGGGAGCCCAGGCCCACGGGAGCGCAGCCCACGGGAGCGCAGGCCCACGGGAGUGCAGGCCCACGGGAGCGCAGCCCAGGCCCCACGGGAGUGCAGGCCACGGGAGCGCAGGCCCACGGGAGCGCAGCCCAGGCCCCACGGGAGCGCAGGCCCACGGGAGCGCAGCCCCACGGGAGCGCAGCCCACGGGAGUGCAGGCCCACGGGAGCGCAGCCCAGGCCCCACGGGAGCGCAGCCCACGGGAGCGCAGCCCCACGGGAGCGCAGCCCACGGGAGCGCAGGCCCACGGGAGCGCAGGCCACGGGAGCGCAGGCCCACGGGAGCGCAGCCCACGGGAGCGCAGGCCACGGGCGCGCAGCCCAAGGGCGCGCAGCCCACGGGAGCGCAGCCCCACGGGAUCGCAGCCCACGGGAGCGCAGCCCACGGGAGCGCAGGCCCACGGGAGCGCAGCCCACGGGAGCGCAGCCCCACGGGAGCGCAGGCCACGGGAUCGCAGCCCACGGGAGCACAGGCCCACGGGAGCGCAGCCCACGGGAGCGCAGGCCCACGGGAGCGCAGCCCACGGGAGUGCAGCCCACGGGAGCGCAGCCCACGGGAGUGCAGGCCCUCGGGAGCGCAGCACUCGCGCAGCCCACGGGAGCGCAGGCCCACGGGAGCGCAGCCCACAGGAGCGCAGGCCCACGGGAGCGCAGCCCCACGGGAGCGCAGCCCUCGGGAGCGCAGCCCACGGGAGUGCAGGCCCACGGGAGCGCAGGCCCACGGGAGUGCAGCCCACGGGAGCGCAGGCCCACGGGAGCGCAGCCCCACGGGAGCGCAGCCCUCGGGAGCGCAGCCCACGGGAGUGCAGGCCCACGGGAGCGCAGCCCCACGGGAGCGCAGCCCACGGGAGCGCAGGCCCACGGGAGCCCACGGGAGCGCAGCCCACAGGAGCGCAGGCCCACGGGAGCGCGGCCCCACGGGAGCGCGGCCCCACGGGAGCGCAGGCCCACGGGAGCGCAGGCCCACGGGAGCGCAGGCCCACGGGAGCGCAGGCCCACGGGAGCGCAGGCCCACGGGAGCGCAGGCCCACGGGAGCGCAGCCCACGGGAGCGCGGCCCACGGGAGCGCGGCCCUCGGGAGCGCAGGCCCACGGGAGUGCAGCCCCACGGGAGUGCAGCCCUCGGGAGCGCAGCACUCGCGCAGCCCACGGGAGUGCAGGCCCACGGGAGCGCAGGCCACGGGAGCGCAGGCCACGGGAGCGCAGCCCACGGGAGUUCAGGCCCUCGGCCGGCAGGACCUUUGUGCAGCGCAGGACGGGCGGCCCAGGGCGGGCUCGGGGCGGCUGGGGACCGGGAGCCGGAGGAGCAGCCUCGCGGGCCGCCUCUGUCCGUGGUGCUGA